AUGCCCUCACAGCGCCAACCGCUGGGCAACCUCAUUGCACGGGCAGCAGAGCAGUUACUGCCUGCCGAGACCGGACCAAGCACGUCACAGGCUGUGGUGGCCCGUGCCCGUGAGUUGAGCCGGGCGGCGCAGAGCAAGGUCAAGGACGGGACGUUGAUGGGCAUGGCGGCAGUGGUGGUGGCGGCGGCGGCCGAGGAGGUGGCUCCUGCGGCGGCGCCUACCCAUGCUCGUCUGGCCCAAGUUGGUGGAUUCCGCACCCGUGGCAAGGCCAUCACCGCCCUCACCCGUCUUCGCAACGUCCUCGGCCUCUCCCGUCCGCUCAGCAUGCCCACCAUCAUCGCCGCCGCUGGCCUGGCCAAAGAUCUUUCCGCUCCGGCCGUCGCCCUGCUCGCCGCCUUUAAGGAUGCUUACAUCCGCAAGAUGCCCAAGGCCUCGCCCGAAGACGUCCGCAACGAGCUGGGCCAGCCCGUUGUGGCUGGCGCUGCCAUCGCCGCCGCCACCCUCGCUCAGGGCCGCACCCUCGACACUGCCGGCGUCCGCUCGCUCGCCACCGCUGUGGACGUCACUCCCAAGGCGCUCAAAGCCGCGCUCAACUCGUUUAGCGAGACCCUGCCUGAGGUCGCCGCCGCCGUCGCGGAGAACCCGAUCAAGACCCGAAAGACCGGCCGCAAGCCCAAGUCGUCCGCCACAACCAAGACAACGCCGCGCAAGCGCAAGCAGCAGCGGGCCCAGAAGAUGCUUGAGUCGGCUCGUGCUGCUCGCGGCCGUGGCGGCAAGACCAAGCCGGCCCAGCGCCGCACGACGACGCCCGUCAUCCAGCCGCGCGGCGUGGCCCCCGAUACCGCGCCGUCACGUACACCGCGCCGCAAGCGCAAAGCCAUCGCCGACGACUGGACCUCCAAUCCGCUGCUGCUGAACAUCCGCGCCGCCGCUGCAGCCGUCACCUCUGCGCACGCCAAGCGUCGCAAGCUGCUUGGCGAGGCCGGCUACUCUGCUGACGACAAGUCUACCAUCGUCGUCCAGCCGCCGCUCGUUGCUGGCGCCUCGACGUUCAAGCGCUGGGCGCUGUGGCAGAGCGCAUGA